AUGGCGAGACUGUUGGACAAUUACAUUUACGGGUUUUCGCACUUCCGCAUGUUGCUUAACCGCCGUGGGCCCUUUGUCCAGCGGGCUGCGAGUGCCGUCGACGUCAGCUACUUCCCACCCAAUACCCUGCUCACCGUCGUGGACCCGAACCCGGACUUUGAGCAGGGCAUCAAAGACGAAAUCGAGAGGAACCCUGGGAUCGAGUUGCAGUGUUACGUCAUUGUGCCUGGAGAAGACAUGCGUCCGAUUGCUGACGACUCCAUGGACGCAGUGGUGACGACGAUGGCGCUGAGUCGCGCAGAAAACACCCACAACAUGCUGGCUGAAAUCCACCGGGUGCUGGCCCCCGGGGGCAAGUACUACUUUUGGGAACCCGUGGAAUUCGAGCACGACGAGCCUCUGUCGCCGGUGUCGCCGCACUUCAAGGCGCCCACGUCGCCGAAACCCAUGCUGUCGCCCAAGUCCCCGGGUGCCGACACCACCGGCACCAGUCCCAAGAACCCCUUCAUUUUCCAGCGACAGACUUCCACUGAAGUGGUGACCCACGCCCGGACGGAGGUGCGGGAACCGCAAGACGACCACGGCACCCUGUCCAACCUCAAGGUGCUGGUGAACGUGGCCCUUCGGCGCCCGCGUCGCAACUCCUCCACGGUGGGCGAGCACCGGUCGGACGAGAGCAUCGUGGAGCAAAAGAUCCGCUCCAUGGGGUUCAGCCACGUGUCCUGCGAAAACUUUCUGCUCGACGACCCCAGCGACGAGGACCUGAACAAAAAGACGUGGAUGGAGCGCCGGAUGUCGCUGAGCGUGCCGAAACAUUGGCACUUGAAGGGCAUUGCCGAAAAGGGCGCAGCGGGUUCUGCUGCUGCUCCAGCAGCAGUGCGUCAUGAUGAGCAACCCGUGUCUGCUGAUGUUGCUGCUGCUGAACCCGAAGCCUAAAAAAAAAAAAAAAAAAGAAACUGAUGAGGAAUUUAUUUUAAUUUUCUUCCUUUCUCAUUGUCUCGAGUCUUCUUUCAGCACCAAGAUUUUCAUUUUUCUUUUAUGGAACGAGAAAAAAAGAACGUCGCAAAAUAUUUAUUUUUCCUGUCCGAAAAAAAAAAGAAAAAUUAAAUGCGAUUUUUUGGGUGUGGCUUAUUGUCGUGCUGAGGUUUUCGAAAAUUCCUGCACAUUUUUUUGAAUCUCAGAAUUCCUUCCAGUUUUCUGGCCUCACAUAUUUUCUACAUUUUUGGGCGACAAUAAUGGGGGGAACAAAUCAUUGGAAGAUUGAUGGGAACAAUUCCAGAAUUCAAUUGCGAUUGAAAGCAGAGAUUCAAACGUUUUAUAUUCGGUGCUUCGCGAAAAAUGUUCUUCUCAAUUUUCUGUCAACUAAAAAUCAUUUUUUUUUCGUGUCGAGGCACUUGGAUAUAUUUUGUCAUAGGAAUUUAAUUCUGAUGUGUAUAUCCAAAUAUUUCUUUAAAUUUCGAAGCGGAUUUAUUAAGUUUUUUUCUGGUGAAAAAGGGUUUCAGAUAUACUUUCUUGCAACGCUGAAUUUCCAACUUCCAAAAUGGAGUGCAGUACAGUAUAUUUAAGAAAAGUGAGACCCUUGAAAUUAUUUUGCGAAAAAAAUUAUUGCAUUAUGCUGAAAAUUUAAAAUUUUGGGGAAAUCGGAAUUUAAUCAUUCUCAAGAAAAAAGAAACCAAAAAUUUUCAGAAAUCAAAUCAUAAAUAAAAACAGUCAUGGCUGAGAAAUUUCGUGAGAGCUUUUGUUUCUGAGCAAUAAAAUAUGAAAUCAAACAGGGAUUAUUUGAACUCAUGUACUUUUUUAAAACAAGUUUUACUUUGAUUUGGGAUAUACUUAUGAUUUUUUAAAUAAAAAAAAAUGAAUUUGAAUCAAUUUCAACUUUUGGAGCACAAGUAGAUAGCAUUUUGUGUUGGGCAAUCAUGCCAUCUUUGAUGUACUUUCUUAGUAUUUCCUUGAGUUUCAUCCUCUAACUUAAAAACAAAUGGUAAAACCUAAUGAAGGGUAAUUAUUUUGUGUUGAGUUAGUCAAGAGAAGAAUAUAUAUAUUCCAGUUUAAUCUAAUAGUUGAAGCAAGAGUUAACUAAGUAGUUACAAUAUU